CUGCUCACAGGAGAGUGGGCGAGCUGGGAUAGGCUGGGAGUUUGGUCGGAACCGUCAACGGGCAGGGACAAGGCUGAAAGAAAGAAAGUAGAGGGGAAGCAACGGAGCCGACAAACGGACAGGAAACCGGGCGGAAAAGCGGUUUUUGUCCGGAGUCACGGACCAGAACAGAGCGAAUGACGAAGGAGAGCGGCGGUUGUAUUAAAUAAUAUACAACUUUUCCAACCGGUGCGUGAUCCCUCCUAAGAAACUUCCAGGGGUUUCUGCGUUUGGUUAACGCAAGAAGGCAAGAAGAAGGGGACACCAUGCCACCGCGCGCCGUGCACGAAGUAACCGUGCAAGAUGUCCAGAAGAGAAGGAUUCCGAGCAAACACUACGUUUACAUCAUCAAAGUCUCCUGGAGCGAUGGCAGCACAGAAACCAUAUACAGACGCUACAGCAAGUUUUUUGACCUCCAGAUGGAAUUGCUGGAUAAAUUCCCAGUGGAAGGAGGUCAGAAAGACCCCAAGCGUCGAAUCAUUCCCUUUUUACCAGGAAAGAUUCUGUUUAGGAGGAGCCAUAUCAGAGAUGUAGCAAUGAAGAGACUAAGGCCCAUCAACGAGUACUGCCGGGCUUUGAUCCAACUGCCAGUCUACAUCUCCCAGUGCGAGGAGGUCCGGGUGUUUUUUGAGACUAGGCCUGAAGAUCUCAACCCACCUAAAGAGGAACCUAUUGGAAAGAAGAAAACUGGGUUUGUGGAGAGAGCGGCUACUUUCAUAAAGCGAGGAGAUUCCACCUCUGCUGAUCCUCUCCUCCUCGAACAAUAUGUGGCAGUGACAGACUAUGAGAAGCAGGAGAGCACUGAGAUCAGCCUGCACGUGGGUCAAGUUGUGGAGGUCAUUGAGAAAAGUGAAUCUGGGUGGUGGUUUGUGAGCUCCGAAGAUGCUCAGGGUUGGGUCCCUGCCACUUGCCUUGAGGUACAGGAUGACCCUGAUGACUUCACUCUUCCAGGAGAAGAAGUACCUCGGAGGUUCUGGUCACUGCCAAGGCACGUGGGUCGUCGCAGAACUUUAGGAGAUCUAUUCAGCACAGGCUUUGGGCAAGAAGAGAAGUAUUCCGUGAUUUACCAGUACACUGCCAGGGAUCAGGAUGAGAUUGAUCUUGAGAGGGGAAUGAUUGUCGAGGUCAUUCAGAAGAAUUUGGAAGGCUGGUGGAAGAUCAGGUACCAGGGCCGUGAGGGAUGGGCCCCAGCUUCCUACCUAAAGAAGGCUGAUAUUCAAAGCCUGCAGCAGUCAGCAGGUACUGCUGCUCACUCCAGUACAAAUGACCUGGAAGCUUUUUCCAGACAGAACCAGCAAAAUAAUGCAGCGAAGGAUAACCGAGACAGCCAGAAAGAAAAUAAACUUCCUCUUUUCUCUGAAAACACAAAGGUGGCAUUAAGACAUAGACCUCCUCCUCGCAGAGACCUUACCAUCCCACGUGGUACAAACUUACCCAAACCACCUGUUCCUCCUCAAGUUGAGGAAGAAUAUUACACCAUAGCAGACUUUCAGACCACCAUCCCUGAUGGUAUUAGCUUCCAUGCUAGUAUCAAAGUGGAGGUGAUUGAGAAGAAUGCAAGCGGUUGGUGGUAUAUCCAAAUAGAUGACAAAGAGGGCUGGGCACCUGCCACCUUUAUUGAUAAGUACAAGAAGACCAGUAAUGCCUUGCGACCCAAUUUCCUGGCUCCAUUACCCAAUGAGAUGGAAAAAUUGAGGUUGGAGGAUGGUGAUUCCUCGAAUGUUGAUGACAUGUGGUCCAAGCCUUUACCAGAUGAGCCAAGUACAGCCACCGAGUCCUUUGCCCGGCCUAAGCUUAGAGACUGGAAGUCCAGUGCCACCAAGGGGAUUUCUGCCUUCUCUGGGCCAUUGCCACCAGCCCCAGCAGCCCCUCCAGCUGAGGAGAAACCAGCCCUGCCACCUCGAAGGGAGUCUAUCAACAAGAGUUUCGAGUUAGAGGUGGCAGAGAAACCAAAAUCUGAUCAUUCCAAAGUUUUGCCUCCAAAACCCCCUGCACCAGGGGUCAUCAUGCCUAUUGCUGGAACCAAAACACCCCCCUUCAAACCAGACAAACCACCGGAGAUCAAGAAAGAGGAUAAGAGCAAAGCUCUUCCCCUUCGGAAUGAAAUGGGUCUUGAAUGUGGUCACAAGGUUUCUGCCAAAGAGGUGAAGAAGUUUAAUCUAAAACCUGUUCCCAAACAGCCACCGAAACCUAAAUCAGAAGUUAGGGAGGACAAACCAGAAGCAUCUUCCCCCCCACCAUUCAUGAAGCCCAAGCCAUUGAUCAGACCUAAACCUAUCACAGCUGCCAAACCAGAUCCACCAGCAGAUGACAACAAAGUGGACAUCACCAAUCUGAGAAGCAAGUUAAGACCAUCCAAACCUGCCGAUCUGAGUUCUGCGUCAGCUGAGGCGAACCCUCAGAAUGAUAUUCCAGCAACAGGAAAUAAUUCUGACCAAUGUUUGUCCCCUAGCUCCUCACCUAUUCAUGUUCCUUCUAUCAAUAAUGUUAAGCACUCUAAAGAGCCAAAACUCCCCCCAAAACACACAAAUGGCCUUAGCCAAGAAAGGUCAUCACCCCUUAUAAAACCAGCAGUACCUCCCCACAAAGAACCACCUCAGAGACCUCCUACCUUAGCGCCGAAAAGACCACCUCCUCCAAAGAAAACCGAUCCAUCAAGCCCAACACAACACAACACACCUUCCCUUAAAGAAUCCCAGGAAAUCACCAAGCCUGGACCACCACAACUCAGCCGACCUCCUCCCCCAAAACCUAAAGGGUUUGUUCAGCCACCUUCAAGCAAAGAGAAAGAGGAGUCCAGAGUGAAUAAAGCUCCAAUUCCUCCCAAGCCCCAGCUGAAAAGCGAGAAGCCUGGACCACCAAAAGACAAGCUUCCACCUUUAAUCAAAGAUUCAAGUAAGGAUGAGCUCUAUCUAGCUGUGGCAGACUUUGAAGGGGAUGAGCAGACAUCUAGCUUCAAGGUGGGUACAGUGUUUGAGGUUCUUGAAAAAAACAACAGUGGUUGGUGGUUCUGUAAAAAUGUAGGAGAAGAAGUUGAGGGCUGGAUCCCCUCAAACUACCUGAGCAAAAAACCUUAAGUUGUACAAAUGCUCUACAAUAAAAUGAAAUGGGGGAAAAAAAUUGUGAAACAAAAACAAAAAAGGUUUCUUGUUACAUUUGCUGUGUUCCAUUUACCUCUUAAGUUGGAACUUGGAUCUGGGAAUGAUGUCACACCCAAAUUGUAUUCCUGUUGGAAAAAAGUCAGAAAGACUGUGGAAUUUGCCCGUUGCAAGCCAUCAGGCUUACUACUAGUAAUACAAACCCCGAGCAAUGUCAUUUUAUGCAUUUAAUGCUUUCAAACACUGCAGCAACAUGUUCACUACAUUAUCAGUACAUUAGUGACUGGUAAAUGGAAAAACAAACUGACAAGAAGUGCAAAAGACCGUUUAUCACUCCUGUUAUCAACACUUGUGUCA